UUUAUCGAGCUCCACAACAUUAAGUUGUUGCUUAUAUUAAAUUUUGACAAGUGGUCAAUUGACCAAUGUCACCGAUAAUUUAAUUUCUAAACAAGAAGCAAGCGUGUAGUUUGUUCAUAAUAUCAAUCUAAUUUUGAUUGUUCAUCUUCCACGUAACAAUAUUAAUAGCGUCGUUUUUAUUUCCUAGAAUACCGUAUUGCACUCAUAAAUCAAAAGUUUUGUGAUGCGGUCGCACCUACAAAUACGUCGUCGACGUUAAUUUUAGUAUCUGGUCCCCCAAAUAUCAUCAACUUGACAUUUAAACAUUCUUUACAUGUCAAGAAACCGUAAAGCUCUCAAAGAAAGAUUGAUGGCCACCCACGGAAUGCAUUCUUAUUGUAAUGGCUAUCUAAAUGGUUGUGCAAUAUGGUGGCACUAUCAGCCGAUGUCAAGGAUAGAUAGGCCGACUGUUGAUGGGUAUUUAUCGCCCUUCACAGUGCUGGGUGCGGCCCAAGGAUACGAAACACGAGACUCGAACUAGGAGCGGUCUGCGACAGACGUUGACUUUGUUUGCAUUUUACCAGUUAAUGGAAGCCACGGGUUAAGUUAGCAAACGUAUUGUCUUACAAUAUAUUUAAUUUAUCUAUUGUAGGUACGGAGUAAUAAACACGCGGCGUAGGCGCACUCUGCGGGUAACCCCAAUGAGGGCACGAUCGAUCGCCACGAUGUGGGCGCAGAGCACCGUUUCACCAUAAAUGAUCCCUUUGUGCUGUAAAUUGAUCAUGAGGGUCCGACCGAUCGCCUUUUGCAAUAACAAAAACUAAUCAUCUUCGAUAUGAUACCCACGCGGAAGUAUUCCUCGGUACUCGUACUACAAAGCUUUCGUGUCGUACCCGCACCAGCGCCGCGCUCUAUACGCGCGCGGGAUACACUAGCGUUAUUUGUUCAACUCAAAUUUAGAACACGGGACUUUCUCGCUCCUAACGAAAUAUUUAGAUAAGGGAAUGUCGCAACAUCAGGCAAAACAAUGAGCUGUUAAUUGUAAAAGCUUUCCUUAUUCCUAACUUUGAGUCCGUCGACCCUGACGACGUGUGGGUGGAGUAAUGCAGUGACUGUUGUGCUGUUUAGAAACCUAAGAAUUACGAUUCUAUUACCGUUGCACAAAGCAGCUUAAAAUUGAAAUGAAAACAAAAUGGGCGGUUAAUGAAUUAAAAGUUAUCUUUUUUUGAUGAAUCAAAUCAGUCAUUAAAGUUACAUUCCCAUAAUAGGCACGAAAGUGGUUUGUUAAUACGGUCAAGUAAGAGACGACACGCGACGGGGUUAGUAAUGAUUUAUGUUCAUUUAAAUGCAUAUGGGCAAGUGGUAGACGGAGCUACGUUGCUGGUCGGUGCUCCUCUGGGUCAAAAUCUACAACCGAACACCACCAAGUCCGGUGCGCUAUGGAAAUGCAGCGUAUCCUCAACCCCGACUGACUGCAUACAGAUCAUCACUGAUGGCAAAAGGAAUUUGGAUUCUGAUCACCUGACUGCUCCUUACUCGGAUGAGAUCAAGGAAGGACAAUGGCUGGGAGUGUCUGUGAGGAGUCAGGGUCCUGGGAAAAAGGCAGCCGUGUGCGCUCACAGAUAUAUUCGUAAACAGGGAGAACUGCAAUUCGGUCAAGGUCUAUGUUAUACUUUGAGCAAUGAAUUGGAGCUCGUGGAUGUCAUGGAGCCAUGUAGAGGACGAUCUGUUGUCAGAGAACACGAGGAAUAUGGUUUCUGUCAGGUUGGAACCAGCAGCUCUCUACUGGAUGAUGACACUUUGCUAAUGGGUAGUCCAGGACCGUACACUUGGAGAGGAACUAUUUUCGCUCAGGAUACCAGGGAUGAUGUACUGGAAAGAGACAAUGUGGUGUACAUGGCACCUGUUCAGGAUGGUGCCAGUCCUGUCGAGAAGUACAGCUAUUUGGGCAUGUCAGUAUCCAGUGGUAAUUUCUUCGGAGGAGACAAAGCCUCUUACGUGGCAGGUGCACCUCGAGCACAUGGUACUGGUCAAGUAGUGAUCUUCAGCAAGCUUGCCACUGAGGACUGGGGCAGAACUGACCUUAAUAUUUUGAACCUGACUCUACUGCUGAAAGGAGAACAGUUUGGCUCUAAUUUCGGUUACGAAGUAGCUAGUGCUGAUGUUAAUGGAGAUGGGUUACCCGAUCUAUUGGUUGGAGCACCUUUCUAUUUCUCUCGAGAUGUGGGCGGAGCUGUCUACUUAUAUUUGAACGUGAACUCUAGUCUUCAUCAAGAAUACAACGUCAAGUUGACUGGUAAACAAGAAUCCCAGUUCGGUAUAGCCAUCGCAAAUGCUGGAGACUUGAACAAAGAUGGAUGUCAGGACAUUGCUAUAGGCAGUCCCUACGAGGGCAAUGGUGUUGUAUACAUAUAUAUGGGAGAUAGAGAAAAAGGACUGAAUACAAAACCAGAUCAAGUUAUUGCUGCAGAAUCUUUACCAGUUCUUAUGAGAACCUUUGGAUAUGCGUUGUCUGGGGGAGUUGAUUUAGAUGCUAAUGGAUACCCUGAUUUAUUAGUUGGCGCUUAUGAAAAUAGCAGCGUAGCCUUAAUCAGAACACGACCAAUUAUCGACAUCAAGACUUCGAUCCGACCCUCUAACACUAUCAUCAACAUUGACCCCACGAUUCACGGUUGCGACCGUGACCCCAGUUCCAACUACACUUGCUUCCACUUCCAAGCUUGCUGCAUCAUCGAGUCCCUAGUCAAGACCUCACAGUCUACCACACACCGUCUCAACUACGUCAUUGAAGCAGAAACAUUCCCUGGUGGAAGAAAAUACUCCAGAGUCUUCUUUGAUUCUGACAAGAGUAAUAUCGUCAACAAAACUAUAAUGCUUGGUAGAGAUGUUGAGGACUGUAGAGAACAUAUCGUGUAUUUGAAGAAUAAUACUCGUGAUAUUCAGACUCCGAUUAAGUUCCAAUUGACCUACAUGCUAGUGCAUGCUGAGCCACGGUACUCUCCUUCUGGCACCCUUCCCGAUGUGGACCAGUAUCCUGUACUGAAUGCCACCGCCAGUUCCAUGUUCACUGCUAAUUUCCUCAACGACUGUGGAGCAGACGCCAUCUGCAUUAGCGACCUCGUCGUGGACCCUAAAUUAUUACUGCCAUUGACCAAAGACAACAAGAGUUACGCUCUAACGUUGGGUCAAGAGGAAGAGAUCAAACUUUCAAUUUCAGUGGACAACUAUGGAGAAUCUGCUUAUGAAACGCAGUUGUUUGUCACCCAUCCUCCCAGUCUACAUUAUAUCGCAGUCAAUAUAAGUGACAAACACGUAAUAUGCACGAGUUUCAACAAGACUACAGUAACUUGUAUGUUAGAAAAUCCUUUCAAGAAGCAAGCAGAUGGUUCUCCUCCUAUCACGAUGCGUUUCGAUGCGCGGGCGUUGGAAGAUAAUGACCAAUCAGUAGUAUUCACCGUAUGGGCAAAUUCCACGUCUAAGGAGCUGCAUCCUGGGAAGAAGCCCGUGGAAGUCGAGGCAUUGGUUAUUAAAAAUGCCGAAUUGCUGAUUAAGGGCGUGGCGCGUCCAGAGCAAGUUUUCUAUGGCGGUGGAAUAAAGGGAGAGUCUGCUAUGACGUACUUUGACGACAUCGGAACCAGAGUCGUCCAUACUUAUCAGGUGUUCAACGAAGGUCCGUGGCACGUAUCGUCAGUGCAGGUAGUGAUACAGUGGCCUCAUCAGCUGGCGUCUGAUUCGGCGCAAGGGAAGUGGCUGCUAUACCCUGAAGACGUACCCACUGUUGAUGGAGAAGCUGAUCAAAAUGGGGAAUGUUUCGCUCGAGAAAUCAAUCCCCUAAACCUGACAACUCGACCAGGAGCCCCAGAGCCUCUGGAGAACUUAGAAAUCAAUCCAUUCCUAACGACUGGCAAGCUGAGCGUCAGUUCAAGCGAGAAGACUCACAACGAAACUAGAAGAAAAUAUGUGGAGUAUUCCAGUUCUAGUUCUUAUACAAGCAGUAACAAAGUAAGACGGAAAAGAGAUGAAGAUGCUGUAAAGGCUGAAGCCUAUACUGAUAGGAAGCAUGUCAUCAAUUUGAACUGCCAACAAAAAACAGCGAAGUGUAUUCAGUUCCAAUGUGUGAUCUACAAGCUAGGUCGUAUGAAGACGAGUACGAUCAGUGUACGCGCAAGACUGUGGAACGUGACGCUGGUGGAAGAGUUCGCGAGAGCAGCUCGAGUGAACAUCGCCUCCACCGCAUAUAUCAGUAUUCCUGCUCAUUUCAAUAUACACCAGAACAAGCAGAUUGAUGAUAGAACAACGGUGAGAAAUACUAAUCUAGCAGAAUACUAG